AUGAAGAAGGCCGGGGAAUUCAAAACCCUCUGCGGCGUCGACACUUGUGUUAUCAUCAAUCCAAUAGGGAUUUCAAGUGACGGUCUUGUCAAGAUGGAGACCUGGCCGCCAGACCGUAAGGAGGUAGAGCGCAUAGUCCGCCGCUAUCAAAGCGAGGCCACGGAUCGCCGUGCCAGGCAUGCCACCGGACUGCAUGAGUUCUUCGCAAGCCGGAAGAAGAAGAUUGACGCCGAGCUGGCCAAGGCCCACAGGGCCAAUUGGGAGGCCAAGUAUCCGGUCUCGGAGGAGAUUUUCAAAGAUCUCUCGGACCCUCAACUAAGGUCGCUCCUGAGUGCUGUGGACGAUGGACUUGAACAGGCGAAGACGAGGCUUGCCACGAUGAAGGAGAAGAGAAGGGUCGAGAAGGCGGCGCCAAGUGACUGUACCGUACCCAGCGACGGAGUGGACCUCCAUGCAAGCAAUGCAGGCUUCAUGCAAGACGGGGUGGUCGAAGCCGGACUGCCUUUCAACUUCCUGUAUCAACCAGACAGUUCAGUUGGAUCAAACCAUGAUUACUCGUCGCCAUUGAUUUCCUUACCGCCUGAGGAUUCAACGCAGUUCGGACCCUCGAGAGAAGACUAUUCCUGGUGCAGCACUGUCAAUGAAGCUCAGAGCAUGAUAUGUGACCCCCGCAGCAAUUUUUAUCAUCAGAUUGUUCAUCGGGGUCAGGCUCAAUUCUUCAAUGACCCAACCUAUCCCUAA